UAGAUAUAUUAAUUUGGUUUCAGAUAAGAAAUGAAUAUUAGGGUAGGAAUACUGACUGUUAGUGACACCUGUAGUACUGGGGACGCAGUAGAUUUAUCAGGUCCUCUGCUGUGCGAGCUAUCGGAGAAGAAUCUUGGAGUUGUCGUGAACCGUGCCUGUGUUCCUGAUAACCUGGAGCAAAUUAGACGUAUUCUGGUUUCUUGGUCUGAUACAGAUACAGUUGAUCUCAUUCUUACCACAGGUGGGACUGGGUUUGGACCCCGUGAUGUGACCCCUGAAGCUACCCUAUCUAUCCUGGAAAGAUCAGCUCCUGGACUUAUCCACUGUAUGCUGAGUGGAUCCCUGAGUAAAACCCCCCUGGCAGCUCUCUCCAGACCUGCAGCAGGAACCAGAGGAGCAACCAUCAUUGUAAACUUACCAGGGAGCAAGAAAGCUGUUGGAGAAUGUUUUGGAUUCCUUCUUCCUGUUCUGCGGCAUGCUGUAGAUCUAGUUCGGGAUAGAAAACCUGCUGUAAAGCUCACUCAUGAUAAACUUCAAGGUGACAUUCCGGUUCACUCGUGUCCGCACCAGCAUAAGGAGCAUAUACCUGGAGUAGGAGUUGCGGGCCGGGCCAGGGAGUCUCCGUAUCCAAUGAUAUCCGUGGAGGAGGCUCAGAACCUUGUUUUAUUCCAGUCUAGAAAUCUUCUAACUAAGGUUGGAAGUUUGCAAGUACUUGGAACGGAGAAAGUAUCCUAUCUCAAUGGCUUGGGACGGAUUUUAGCCCAGGAUGUUCUAGCUUCAGAUCCUCUUCCACCCUUCCCAGCCAGUAUCAAGGACGGAUACGCUGUUAUCUCCGGAGAUGGAGCUGGAGUGAGAACUGUAAGAGGAGAGUCAAGUGCAGGAUACGACCCAGAUAUGGAACCUCUCAAACCCGGAGAAAUAGUUCGAAUCAAUACUGGAGCUCCAGUACCACCAGGAGCAGAUGCUGUGGUUAUGGUGGAGAACACUAAACUUGUUCAAGCAACAAGUGAUGGUGAGGAGAUAAGUGUUGAGAUUCUAGUAUCUCCAACCCCCGGACUAGAUAUCAGACCUGUUGGUUCUGAUAUAUCUGAGUAUGAGAAGGUUCUAAGCUCCGGGAACCUCCUUGGACCCGGUGAGGUCGGAGUUCUUGCUGCUGUAGGAGUUACAGAGGUGGAAGUUACUAAACUACCAGUUGUUACUCUACUCUCAACAGGCAAUGAAAUACAACCACCUGGAGAGAAGUUGAAACCUGGACAUGUCCGGGACUCCAACAAGACAACUCUAGCCUGUCUUCUCCGCGACCAGGGGUUUCCAGUUCUGGAUGCUGGGAUAGCUCGGGAUAAUAUUCCUGAUUUAACUUCUUGUCUAGCUGCUGCUCUUCAGAAUACAGAUAUACUGGUUACUACAGGAGGAGUUUCCAUGGGGGAUAGGGACCUACUCAGACAGGUUUUGGUCUCUGAGUUCAAUGCAACUAUCCAUUUUGCACGUGUUAACAUGAAGCCAGGGAAACCUACAACAUUUGCGACUUGUACAGUUCAAGGAAAAAAAAAACUCAUUCUCGGGCUUCCUGGGAACCCAGUUUCCGCUACAGUGACAUGUCAUCUAUAUGUACUGCCAGCCUGUCGUGUACUGGCCGGUCAAACCAGUCCUCUGCCUGGUCGUGUACGGGCCCGGCUGGUCAGCUCGUAUCCUGCUAAACUGGACCCUAGGCCAGACUAUCAGAGAGUCUGUCUAAGUUUUAAGACCGGAAGUAGUGUUGGAUCUGCUACUCCGACCGGAAAUCAAAUUUCAUCAAGAUUGACUAGUGUGGCUCUAGCUAAUGGUUUAAUCAUUCUUCCUCCAAAAACAGAUAAACUGAAGGAGAUUCCUGUCGGCAGUUCUGACGAGUUUGAUGUCAUUCUUAUCGGGGGUCUUACAGCAAAUCAUCUAUUUUCUAUAUGUCGAAAAGGCCGGAUUUACGAGAAUUCGUUUUGGUCAAAAACACAAUGACGACCAUUGAUAAUACUGAGGAACCUAAACCGAAACAAGCAAAGGAACCUGUAGAUUAUGAUGGAUAUUUCUCGUCCUACAAUGAUAUAGAAGUCCACAAAUUAAUGUUACAGG